AUGGUGGUUCAAGAAAAUUCCACCGCAAUUCUCAUGUUGUGCAAUUUUAUUGAGCAGGUGACAGAAUUAGGAGUUGAAAUCAGUUUUAUUUUGAAAGCAAAAAAGUGUGCCGAGUAUUUCCCAACGGAGGAAGGGCCACCACUAGUGUUUGAAGGGAAUGUUAGCGUCCAGCUAAAAAGACAGUAUCCAAAAAACAAGAAGAAUGGCGGCCAAAGGGGCGUGGCUUGGGCGGAGUCAACAGUCAACUUUCAAAUUAAUAAUGAUCUGAAUUUCCCAUUCCCCUUUGAAACAAAAGUGAAAGUAAUGGUAAGACAACUGGAAGUAAGCGUACCCGACCAGCCAAUUCAUACGUGUACGCAUUAUCAUUGGAUGGACUGGCCGGACCGUGGAGUGCCAGAAGCUGAUUUGGCACCCGUUUCUCUUUUGGCAAGAUUAAAGGAGUGCACAACACCCAUAAUAGUGCAUUGCUCAGCUGGGAUUGGAAGGACAGGAUCUAUA